CCUAAUAGGUUCUCAAAAAAUAAAACUUAAGAACAACAACUAUCCUCGUCGUCAUUGCCGUUACCACAAAAGAAUGGAUGCGGACGAGCUUAGACGGGUGUUCCAAAUAUUCGACAGGAACGGCGAUGGGCGGAUAACCAAGAAAGAGCUAAAUGAUUCAUUAGAGAAUAUGAAUAUAUUCAUUCCGGAUGUUGAGCUAUCCCAGAUGGUAGCAAAAAUCGACGUGAAUGGUGACGGAUAUAUGGACAUUGAUGAGUUUGGUUCUCUUUAUAAGACCAUUUUAACAGAUCAAGAGACGAAUUAUGAGGACGACAUGCGAGAAGCAUUCAAUGUUUUUGACCAAAAUGGAGACGGGUUUAUCACUGUUGAUGAAUUAAAAUCAGUGUUGGGAUCCCUUGGACUCAAACAAGGUGGAACUGCUGAGGAUUGUAGGCAGAUGAUCAACAAAGUCGACGUUGAUGGAGAUGGAAGGGUUAACUUUAUGGAAUUUAAGCAGAUGAUGAUGGGAGGUGGUGGUUUUGCUGCUUUAAGUUAAAUUAAUUUAUUUUCAUAAUAUUCACAACUGGAGAUUUAUCCUUCAUAGUUUGUGACAUGUACAAAAUAGCUUCGAAUAUUCUUUACUUCCUUCUUCAAAUUUUCUUAUAAUUUUGUGCACCUUUCUCCUCCUUAAACACUUUUUUUUUUGGUUUGGUAGAUUUUAUGCAUAUCUAAAAUAGUAGAGAAAUUAAUUUUAUGUAAUGUAAUCUUUUUUUAUCAACGGUUCUA